GGGGGAGGGGGAGGGGGUCCGGACCUCCCACCCCCUCUAGAUCCGCGCAUGCGCAGUCUUCAACUAUAUACGUUACCUGUAUUAAAUUGGGGCGAAACCACACGAUCCUCUGGCGCGAAAAGUCAUAAAAACAUGGAGGACCUACGCGAAAUACUUGAAGAAUUAGGUAUACCUAACGUUCUUGAAAAUUUCGAGAGGGAAAACGUUUCACAAGAAAUGAUAUGUAUGUUAUCGGACAAUGAAUUAAAAAGGUUGGGCAUAGAAACAAUAGGAUUGAGGCAUAAACUGAAACAACUUCUCGAUUUAAAGAAACAUCAACCUUCAACUUCUGUCAUUUCUGAAAGAUCGCGCCUAUUCAGCCCUUAUUCUUGCACUUCAGCAAGUAAACCUGGGAAAAGAUCACGUAAGAAAGAAAAGUUUAUCACGCUGCAUUUUCUCUGCUUGGCACACACAGGACAGAAGAGUGUCCCAAACGGCAACGAAAAAGAAGUUUUGAAUAAAGCAGGACUAGGAAAGAAAAAAAUUCUUUUGAAAAAAUCUGAUGAUGAGAAGGAAUUAGCAGAAACACUUAUUUCGAAAGAAGUAAAUGAAGAUGGUGAUUUUGUCGGCUUUCCAAAAUUAGCAGAUGGGGGUGGUUUUGAAUUACUUCGCAGUACUCAAAACUGCAGAGAUUUAACUUUAAUAAACUGUUCAUGGUCAGCUAAAGAAUUGCAGAAAAAUGUGAACCCACAGGUUACCAUAUACAUUAGACCAAUACAGAAGAAUUUAUCGACUGAAGCUAUCGUUAAUCGUCCUGAAAAAUUGGCAGAAUUGAGCAUUGAAGAAAAUUGUGUGACAUGUGGAAGAAAAUUUUAGUAAGGGAACUACGAAAACACACAGAAACGUGUGACCAAGCACCCUCAGUUUCUACAGAUGUUGAUACUACCAGUAUAGUGCCAGUAACACAAAUCGUGCAAACUGAUGUACCAGUUGAUGUUAAUGGAAUGAGUUUUUUUCAGAGCCUAUUCGAAAGUAAUGACAUUACCCUUACAGUGGCCCCAACAGUUGAUAUCGAAAGUGUUGCAACCCCAUCGAUAGAGUUUGAAAAUGUUACAACCCCAUCCAUCGAGGAUGAAAGUGUUGCAACCCCUGUGCAUGUUGAAACUGUAACAGGUGUGACAAAUAGAAUAGUUAAUUUUUGCAAAACACAAAAUAUAUUGGACCCUGUUGAAAUUUUGCGUAAAGUUCAAAAUGAAAUGGUGACUGGUAGACCUUUGGAAGUCGUUGACGUUACAAAUAGUUCUGAAGGCGACACAAACUUCAUUUUGGUAGACAGAACUCAUCUUUUGGAGACAUCGUUUGAUGAAAUCAAAGGAAUUGAGGAUCUUAGAAAGACUUUAGAAGUACAGUUUUAUGAUGAGACGGCUGUAGAUUAUGGAGGCCCCAGGAAGGAGUUUUUCAGAUUAGUUUUGCAGGCCAUCAAGGAGAAAUAUUUUGACAGUGGACUGAGAGAAUUACUUCAUGAAGAUUAUGAAGUUGUUGGAAAGACUUUUGCUUUAAGUAUUCUACAAAAUGGCAAAAUCCCAACUUUUUUGGACCCAGAUGUAAUCCAGAAGAUAUUUUCUGAUUCCACAGACAAUCCAUGCAUAACAAGCUUGAGAGGAGGGCUUGAGACAUUGGGACUGUAUACAAUUUGUAUGCAGCUUCCAAGUUUUCUGUACCUUUUCCAAAAACAUUCAUUACCCUUGACAUUUAGGAUGCUCACAUUCCUUUUAAAGCCUCAAUUUUCUCAAGAGGGCAGCAACAACAUGGAAGUUGAAAAGAAGGUCUACGCUGCAUUUGUUCGAUAUCUAAGAGAAGUCGCAAGUGGUCGGAGAGAACACUUGUCCUUAGCAAACGUACUACAGUUUGUGACAGGAACUGAUGAGGAGCCACUACUGGGGUUCAAAAUCCCACCCACUAUCCAGUUUCCAGAAGUCAUGAACUCAUUCAUUCCAACUGCCAACACAUGCAUCAACUCUCUCCAGCUUCCAAGACCAAAACCAGACUUAAAUGUGAACUUUCCUUUAGAUGAAAAGCUAUUUGAAUUAUAUGAUUAUGCUUUCUUAAACCUCUUUUAUGGACUGCAUUAAGUUUUUAACAAAUUUUUAGUCAUUCUCUAUCACCCAAUCAAGUCUCAAUUUUUUUUAUAAGAAUAUGUUACACAAUUAUACAAGUAUCACCACAUACUUAUUACAAAAAAUUCUACAGUAUGUAGGGUCCAUGGGUACAGCUUUAGGGGAUUUGUUUCAUAAAACUUGCUGAAUUUAAAAGAAAUUUGUUAUAUCAAUAUAAAGUAAUCUUUAUAUAUAGUGAAGAACUAGUAAAGUGCACUGGUCUGGGUCAGGACAGGACUAUUUUUAGUGCAAAGUUUUAUGUAAAUUUACACAAUGUAUCUUAAAAGAUAUUCCUUCAAAAUGUGUAGUAAGAACCUGACCAAUUGAUAUGAAAGCAUUCUUGUAUAAUAAUGCACAUUCAAGUUAGUUCAAAUAUUGGUACCAGGGGAGUUGAUGAGGCCACAAUAGAAUUUCAAAGUUAAAUGUAUAGAAUACCAAAGUUGGCACAAAGCAUCCUUAGGUAAAGGGAAUUCUAAAUUGUUAAAAUAAAGGGCCAGGCCACCUUCCAAGGGGAGAUAAUCAAGAAAAGAUAAAAAUAGAGUAGGGUCAUUAAAAAAUCUUCUCAAGAACCACUGGGCCAGAAAAGAUGAAAUUUAUAGAUGAGCUUUAUUAGGUAGUGCAGAUUCUAAAUUGAUAAAAUCAUAGCCCCCGGGGGUUGGAUGGGGCCACAAUAGGGGAUCAAAUUUUUACAUACAAAUAUAUAGGGAAAAUCUUUAAAAAUCUUCUUCUCAAGAACCACUGAGCCAGAAAAGCUGAUUUUUACAUGAAAGCUUUCUGACAUAGUGCAGAUUCAAGUUUUUCAAAUCAUGGCCCCCGGGGGUAGGAUCGGGCCACAAGGGGGGAUCAAAGUUUUACAUAGAAAUAUAUAGGAAAAAUCUUUAAAAAUCUUCUCAAGAACCAUUGGGCCAAAGAAGUUGACAUUUACAUGGAAGCUUUGUGAUAUAGUGUAGAUUCAAGUUUGCAAAAAUCAUGGCCUCCAGGGGUAGGUUGGAGCCAUAAUGGGGACUAAGGUUUUACAUGCACAUAUAUAUGGAAAGUCUUCAGAUAUGGGUCAAGGUGAUUCAGGUGAGCAAUGUGGCCCAUGGGCCUCUUGUUAACUCAUCUGAGUCGAAGGCUCGAGUUAGCUUUUCUGAUCAAAAUUUGUCAGUUGUCUGUCAACGUCG